AUGGCUGUCGUCGCUGUUGCAGGAGGCACUGGGGGUAAAGGAGUUCCCGGAGCAGCAAAUGAGCCAAGACGCUAUGCUGUGGACUAUGACAACGUGGAGGAGAUGAGGAAUGUGCUAAAAGAGAACAAUGUUGAAGUUGUCGUGUCUGCUUUGCUUUUGUCGGACGAGAGCGUUGCAAAAUCGCAGAUCAAUCUGAUCCGUGCUGCCGCGGAAUCGGGGACCGUGACCAAAUUCAUUCCUAGCGAGUACUAUAUUGACUUCCAUUCUCCAAUCCCAGGGUCGGACUUGUUUACCAAUUUUCAAAUUGAGGCCGAGGAAGAGCUUAUGCGUCACCCUCAAUUGACUUGGACACUCAUCAGGGUUGGGAUCUUCCUCGACCAUCUCACUAUGCCAUUUAACCCGAAGCCAACGUACAUUACCCCAUAUUGGGUAUUCGUUGACAUUGAGCAUGAAGAAUGCGUCUUUCCUGGUGAUGGGUCCCAGCCACUCGUACUGUCACAUUCAACAGACCUGGCAGCAUAUAUUGAAUGCUUGGUGGGCCUUCCAUCAAAUGAGUGGCCACGAGAAUCCCUAGUUGCGUCUAACAAAAUCCAAGUCAAAGAUCUCCAAGAUUUGAUUAAGAAAACUACAGGUACGCUUUGUGGACAUCUGGGCAUAUGCAUUCGAACGUUCCUAAUACUAGCAAUAGGGAGGGAGUUCAAGGUCACAUACGAUUCAGUAGAAUCAAUUCAAAAGGGCCAGAUCACACCCUUAACCUCUAAUCGACCCGUGUUCGAUGACCCACAAAAGGGCAAAUUGUUUCAAGAGGUCGAGGUUCAGGUUAUGCUUUCUAUGUUGAGUAAUGCACACGAUUUACCUGGGAAGAACCUUGCUGAGCUCUUUCCCGAGGUACAUGUGACCAAUAUUGAGGACUUCCUCAGAGCUGGCUGGGAAAUGAAGCAAGGUCUUAAGCCGUAA